AUGCUGCGCCUGUGCAGGUCCUUGUCGCAGCGCCCUUCGGCGCAUUCCCCGUGGCUUGGCGCUUCCGGGAGCUGCUUCCACGGAUCCGCUGUUGCGGGUGUGUGGGCCGUGUCCUGCGGGUCGCCGUUCCCAGAAUCGCUAGUCGUGAACCACCAAGGUGCGGCGCCCGAGAAGGAGCCCAGGGCGCCCAUAUCAGACAGGGAGGUGCCCAGGAAUCUGGCGGCAGUUCUGGAGGAGAAUGCAAACACCCUGUUUCUGACGGACAUCUUUCGCGGGCUGGGCCUGACGCUGAAGACGUUUUUCGACCCCAAAGUCACGGUGAACUAUCCGUUUGAGAAGGCCCCCUUGAGCCCCAGAUUUCGGGGUGAACAUGCCCUGCGGCGGUAUCCAUCUGGCGAGGAAAGGUGUAUCGCCUGCAAGCUGUGUGAAGCGAUAUGCCCAGCCCAGGCAAUUACAAUCGAGGCAGAGGAGCGAGAGGAUGGCAGUCGAAGAACAACGAGGUAUGACAUUGACAUGACAAAGUGCAUUUACUGUGGGCUUUGCCAAGAGGCAUGCCCUGUGGAUGCUAUUGUGGAGGGUCCCAACUUUGAAUAUGCGACUGAAACUCGAGAGGAGCUUCUGUACGACAAGCAAAAGCUGCUACAGAAUGGGGACCGUUGGGAAACUGAGAUUGCUGCCAAUCUGCGAGCAGAGGCGCUAUAUCGCUAG